ACAGUUUGGACAAACUCACAGCCAUCGAAAUGAGGUCCGCUGCAUUUCUCCUCCUGGUUAUCCUUACAGAUGGGGCUUCCCGUAAAGUGUGCAGUUACCUGGAUGUUCUGGACUACUUGAACCUGACUGCAGAUAACCGUGCUUUUACACUGACCCGGCCGGUUCUGGACCACACACACACCACUUUGGUGAAGUUGGACAUCAUUCUUUAUGCCAUCCUGGCAGUGGUUGAGAAAACUCAAACUUUUGUUCCGUUCAUCUGGGCUUCAGUGGAAUGGAACGAUGAGCGCAUCUCAUGGGACCCUGCUCAGUUCUGUGGGAUCACUGAGGUUGCGAUUCCCAAAGACUUACUCUGGAGACCAGACCUCUUCAUCUAUGAGAUGACACAGAAAGACGACUCCCCUCAGAACCCAUACAUGUUUGUGUCUCAUGAUGGGAUGAUCUAUUUUGAUGAAGACAUGAAGGUGGUCAGCACCUGCAAAAUGGACGUCCACAAGUUCCCCUUUGACACACAGGAGUGCAGCAUUUCCAUUGGUUCUGCCAUACACUGCGUUCAGGAAAUUCGACUUAUUCCUUUCUCGAAUUCCUCCCGGGCCACCCAGUUUUCCCGUAAGGUGAUGAAGACUCAGGGAGAGUGGGAGUUCCUGCGUUUGUCCGUGGGCAGCCUCAAUGUCAGCUUCGAUGAAAGACACUGGGAACAACUGAUAUACACUGUUAGCAUACGGAGGAGGCCCCUCCUCCAUGUCAUUAACUUCCUCUUACCCAUCUUGUUCUUCCUGACUCUGGAUCUCGCCUCUUUUUUCAUCGCUGACCACCGAGGGGAGAAGUUGGGUUUCAAAGUCACCGUGUUGCUGGCCAUCUCUGUGCUGCUGCUCAUCCUGAACGACAUCCUGCCCUCUAUGUCCAACAAGACUCCUCUCAUUGCAACCUACUGCAUUGUGAUCUUUGCUCUGAUGCUGCUCAGUCUGUUGGAGACCAUCUUGGUAACAUAUUUGAUGGAAAAACCGUCCCAAGACAAGCUCAGGCAGCAGGGCGACUUCCAGGACCCAGAGGAACAAGUCAACAUCAAGAACAAGGAAGAAAAACAGACCUGCUGCUCCUGCCUCUGCAAAGUCUCAGACAAUGAAAAGCAGCAUGAACUCCUGCCUGUUAUAGAAGAGGUGAACAACAGCUUCCAGACCGGAGAAGCUCACGUCCUGCUGAUGAUCCUCGACGAGCUGAAAAAUCUGCAGAAAACCGCGAAUCGGCAGUUCAUCAGCAGAGAGGGGCUGGCGAAGUCUGCCCACAGGGCCGAGAGAAUAAACAAGGCUUUCUUCACUUUCUACGUCAUCACCGUGACCCUGUUUUUAUCCUUCAUCUUCAUCGAGUGGAACACCUGAAAUUACAAGUCAAAUCAUACCUUGUUUCUUGUAGGUUUGUGCCAAGAAAGCAUGUCUUUGUCCAGAUGUUUGUGAAUAUCAGAGCCAUAGCAGACAUUCUUAGCCAAGUCAGCAGAUGCAGUAGAAAAUGUGUGUAAAAUAGCUGUGCUUUUUAAACCGAUUCUGUAUCGUAAAUCUGCCCAAACGAAACUAAAUCAAUAGACAAAACACGCUUGUUGUAGAAAGAAUAAACUGUUUAUUACCUUGAUGAUAUGUUGUGAAUUUCUUUUUUUUGUUAUUUUUCCUCUUUGUUGUUGUUAAGACCAAAAACUGCAAUGAGAGCAUUUUCAUAAAA